CUCUUCACAGCGGCUGGGGCCUUGGGCUAAGUGCUCAGGUUGAGGGAAGUGGCCCGAAGCCCUCCGGCUGCAGGCGGCCUUGGGCUGAGUGCGCAUGCUCAGAGAAGCAGUCCCGUGAACCCUCCUCCUUUGAUUCCCCCGUCCCUGCUCCAGUGUACUUGAACCGUGCCCCCGAGGCAUUUUGGCUGCCUAUGGCUCUGGGCUGCAGCACUCACUGGGAGGUGGUCACACGGGCCCUUCAAGUGCUUUCCGACCCUGAUUCCCUUCACCCCUUGCAGCCUCGGGCGCAUCCCGAAGCCCUCUGGGGGCACGUGGCCCUGGGUUGAGCGAGUGUGCUUCGAAGGUGGCCCGCGGCCUUUUCACAUCGCUGGCCCUGGGCUGUUGCGCAUGCUCGGAAAGGCGGUCAUGGGGACCCUCCCCCUCCGUUUCCCCAUCCUUACUCCCAGUAGCCGCUGCGCGGUCAGAGGCCUCUGUUUGCCCGUGGCCCUGGGCCGCACCGCGGGGCUUCGGAAAGUCACGAGGCCGCCGGCAGGGCACGGCGCGGCCCCCACCGGAGAGGACACGCCGCGGCGAACCCCAGCGGUUAGUGGGCCCGGAGCCGAGGGGCGGAGGUUGCGGCGGGGGCGCACGGUGACGGCGCGGAGGGAAGAGUGCAUGGGGAGGCAGGUGAGCCCCACCUGCGCUCCCAACCGCCCGUUCUUCAUGUCUGGAAUCCUCUCAGUAAAUGAAGCAAAGAACACCUCUGUGCAGUCGAGAAAGCUGGCUUUCUUUGGAAAUGUUGUGAGUGCUUUGGUGGCAUUACUUGGAAUCAUUCUCAUAAUCACUGAGCUGUGUAUGAAAUCGGAGAUGUCCUAUAAAAACAUGUCAAUAGCUUUUGUGGGAAAGAUAGUUUCCGGGUUUCUGUUACUCACCUCCCUCCUGGAGUUCAGCCUCACGUUUACCUAUAUCUAUUACAUAGUCUGUAAUUGGGAUAGCCUCAUGCAAAAGCACAUGAUCCAUACAGACAUGGGCCCUGACGUCCAAGGGACACCGUGUGUUGAAGUGGAGAAAGAAAAAAAGAGAGAGGAAGAUGGAGAGUGGUCGAUGGAGAAGAAGGUGGAAGAGGAGAAAGAGCAGCUGGAGGACAACGGAAAAAGCAAGCUGAAACUAGAGGCGGCCUUUUAGAAAGCUCAGGGGGAUCCCACGCUCCCAGCCCAGAGCUUGGCACCUUCUUCAGAAGGAAAUGCAAACUCUUCCAUCUUUCCACUGGUACACAGGAAGUCCCCAGGCUCAGAGGGGGACGCUUCCCUCCGUGUCAUAUUCUCAGAGCUUACCAUCUUGGUGCCCAGCCCAGACUCUGGUGUGUCCUCAACAACCUCCAGAUAGAAGAGGGCCCUUCCCAAAGCCUUGGGCGGGCUUCUCUCCACUCAAGCCCCUCGCUCUGGUCCUGGACCUGCCCCCAAAUGGCCUAGGCUGGGAAUCUGAUCAAAGCUGGAUCUUCCUGUUGGGACGGUCUCCUCCUGUACGCUCCUGCUUCCUGACAUUUCUUGAUCACCUGUUUUAUUGGUCUUAGAACCACCAACUCAUUGCUUUUCCCAUGGAUCUGGGCUCAGUCUGGGGGGCUCCCCUUCCUCCACAUGGUUCAGUCGCCCAGGAAGCCUUGGUUCAGGCACAUAAAUCAUGUUAAUGGGCUCA